CGGAUUCGACCACAUCGGUAGCUCCCAAGCAACAUAAAACCGAAACAUUGGAGCUCUUUGGACCGUUAUGUGUGUUAUAGACAUCAGUGUUUUAAACACGCUGUCUGCGUAUACAGUUAUUCCAUUUCACACUGACGCUGUUAGUCAGCGAGCUGGUUAAAAUAGCCUAGCACGAGGCUAGUCGAUCAUGCGAAUGAGCUAACAUCUCAGGACAUGAACUCACUAAAUUACUCCCACCCUGCUAAAGAAGAAGGUCGUGGCCGGAACGUUGUCGUGACAGAGGAAGAGGAGGAAAAAGAAGCGUUCGGAAAGAAAGAAGAGACGAAGGCUAUCACAUUGAAAGACGAAGAAGAAGGUUUUGGAGUAAAUGAGGCGAUGUAUGUUACAGGGAAAGAAGUGGAGAAAGAAGAAGACGCCGUUGUUCGAGUGAAGGAGGAGAUUACUGUCACAGUAAAAGGAGAGGAAGAAGGUUUCAGGGUGAAAGAGGAGGAGAAGUACAUGACUGUCACAAUGAAAGGAGAGGAAGAAGGUUUCAGGGUGAAAGAGGAGAAGUACAUGACUGUCACAAUGAAAGGAGAGGGAGAAAGUUUCAGGGUGAAAGAGGAGAAGUACAUGACUGUCACAGUAAAAGGAGAGGAAGAAGGUUUCAGGGUGGAAGAGGAGGAGAAGUACAUGACUGUCACAAUGAAAGGAGAGGGAGAAGGUUUCAGGGUGGAAGAGGAGGAGAAGUACAUGACUGUCACAAUGAAAGGAGAGGCAGAAGGUUUCAGGGUGAAAGAGGAGGAGAAGUACAUGACUGUCACAAUGAAAGGAGAGGCAGAAGGUUUCAGGGUGGAAGAGGAUGUUUUAGUGAAGGAAGAAGAGGUUGUCUUUGGAGUGAAAGAGGAGGAAGAAGCUAUGAGAGUGAAAGAUGAGGGGGAGGAUGAUGAUGAAGAGGAGGGGGAGACUGGAGAUCUGAUUAACACCAAAGAGAGACCAGACUCUCAGUCUGACGGCAGAAAGAGUCCUUUGGGGGAACCAGACCCAGAGACGCCCAAACCAGCAAGACCACACCACUGCUCCCAGUGUGGAAAGAGUUUUUCCCGGUUAUGGGACCGGAAAAUACAUGAGAGAAUACACUCUGGAGUGAAGCCUUACCACUGCUUAGACUGUGGAAAGAGAUUUACCCAGCUAGGGCACCUGAAAGAACAUAAGAGAACACACACUGGUGAGAAGCCCUACCAAUGCUCCCAGUGUGGAAAGAGUUUUAACCAGUUAGGGGCGCUGAAAACGCAUGAGAGAAUACACACAGGAGAAAAGCCCUACCAAUGCUCCCAAUGUGAAAAGAGAUUUACCCAGUUAGGUACCCUGAAAGAGCAUGAAUUAAAACACACAAAGACACAGGGGAAGACAUACCACUGCUCUCAUUGUGGAAAGACAUUUUCCAGGUCAGAGGACCUGAAAUCACAUGAGAGAAUAGCGAGGCUGUGUUCCGACUUGUGUUUUUGACUGAGAUUUUUUUUUGUCUUUGUUCAUGCUAGAUGCUGUUCAUCACGUUUGGCGCUUGCUGACUGAUAAUUUGUUUUAAAAAGAGAGCGCUCGUAGACCUUGUCCCGUUGGGACGUAGACAGUUCCCGAAGACAAAUGAAUAAUGUCAGUCAUCAGUAUUUUGCAGUUCUUCCAGAGGGGGCGGUAACUGUCAGUGCACUUGACGUCUGAUUCGUCGAGCUUCAUGUCAGUCAUCAGUAUUUUACAGUUCUUCCAGAGGGGGCGGUAACUGUCAGUGUACUUGAACUCUGAUUCGUCGAGCUUCAUGUCAGUCAUUCCCACUUUGGUCCACGUGUGUGAAAGAAGGUGUGGUUGGUUGCAUUUUUACAAAGGCCCUGAAAUAUUUUCCACUAAUAUGAUCAAUCACAUCAGAUAUUUUUUUUUCAGAGCUGAUCUAAGUGGUCAAAAGACCAAUUGGUGGAUUUUUUUUUAUUUUUAGAAUUUAGAAUUCUGAGUAAGAUUCUGUUCAUAAAUACUGCCAUCCAUAAACUGUCUGUACCUUCUAUGUGCAGUCAUAAAACCUAUUGCAACGUUCAUGUCAUUUCCUUGGGAUUCCAUUGGUACCAUAUUUGACAUGGUACCAUAUCCUCAUAUUUAUCAUUGAUGGGAAGUAUCUGAAAUUCAUUACACAGAGCAUAAUGAAAGGCAUAUAAACGACACAAUCAUUCAUGUGUUACAUUUGAUAUCCGAAAUACUCUCAUCACUCUGUGCGUCCUUUGGUAAAAAUACGAUUUAUCAGAUUAUCGGUGAAUUAGCAGUCUGGUCCCUUGGGCUUGUCAGCAAGCAUUUCACUGUAAGGUUUACACCUGUUGUAUUCAGCAUUUCACUGUAAGGUUUACACCUGUUGUAUUCGGCAUUUCACUGUAAGGUUUACACCUGUUGUAUUCAGCAUUUCACUGUAAGGUUUACACCUGUUGUAUUCAGCAUUUCACUGUAAGGUUUACACCUGUUGUAUUCGGCGCAUGUGACAAAUAAGAUUUGAUUUGAGUAAUCCAGGACCUCUGCAACAUCUCUUUUGUUUGUUGUUUAAGAUUAACAUUUAAAAUGUGUAUUUUGUUUUGACUGUGAUACAAGGAUAAUCUCUCACCUUAAUAACACAGAAUACGUGAUCUCACGAUCGCUCUCCCGAAGAGUCUUACUUCAGUAAAGCAAUUGUUCCACUCUAGGUGGGGAUACUUCAAGGCUGAAAAGUUUGGAAAAUGUUGUUUGGUUGAUUUAUGAUUAGAGAGAAAGAAAUAUAUCGAAUUAUUGAGAGAUGCGUAUGGAAAUGCUUUUGUGGUUAUGGUGACACCUAAUGGACACCUGUGGUUUACCUUCAUAAUAGCUGGAGGAAUUGAACUGAACCAAAAUAUAAACGCAACAUGUAAAGUGUUGGUCCCAUUUUUCAUGAGCUGAAAUAAAAGAUCCCAGAAAUGUUCCAUACAGCACAAAAAAAAGUAUAUUUCUCUCACAUUUUGUGCACACAUUUGUUUACAUCCCUGUUUGUGAGCAUUUGAUCCUUUGCCAAGAUAAUCCAAUUCACCUGACAGGUGUGUCAUCAAGAAGCUGAUUAAACUGGUGCAGCUUGUGCUGGGGGACUUGGUAAACAAACUGAAAGGGUACAUACUGCCCCCUAGAGGGUUUGAACAGGUACACUGGCAGUGAGGAAGUAUAAUUCAUUGGCUGGUCCCUCUUGAUGACCUGGAUGGAAUCAUGUGAUCCUUCCUUAACCAAUAGGAAGUCCCAUCCAGUUGACUACUUCAAAAUGGUGAAAGUCCUCAAUGACAAUGGCGCUGCCCAUGCUAAAACAGACAAUCUCUAUGAGAAUAGCCCAUGCUAAAACAGACUUUUGGCCAAUAGAGUCCUCUAUCUAUCUCUAUGAGAAUAGCAUUGAGGGUUGUUGGUAAGAUUGACGUCACUACACUAAUUGGGACAGGGAAUUGGAGCAACAACAACCUCUGAUCUCAUUGAUAGAAAAGUGUAUAGAACGAAACCUGUAUUUGGCGUUCCGUGAAGUGUCUUAGAAUUUAGGAAGCAACCUUUAGCCAAUACUUUGAGUAUAAACCCUUCAAUGUUGUUCAGAAUAUGAUUUGGAUCUUUUCAAAAUGUAAAAUGAAAGAAAUAACAGCUGAAUAGAAUUAGCAUUUUGUUGAUUCUAACUUUCAAACCUCUUGAAUUUGAUUUGUAAUUGCAAAUUAAUUUGAUAUGAUAUAUACGAUUUGGAUUUUGCUAAAUGUAUUGGAUUUGAUAUAUAUAUAUACCUUGAGAACUCUUGAAUUUAAGUUCAGUUUCAAUUGCUUAAUUUGUGCAGUGGUCAUCAAGCUAAAGGUGUAUGAAAAUGUGAUGACUGAUAUUUUUAUGAGUAAAAAAAUA